AUGCCAAACACGAUAUCCCUGCGAGCUUGCAAUGUGCCACAAGCGUGGAAACUCCUUCGCGGCCCUAUCCAAGAUUAUUUUCCAACCUUACAUACCAUCCGCCGACACUCAUGCAACCCCCCCCCCUUCGCCUGCUACCACCUCGUCAGGCUGUACAUAAUAGGAGCGCGCUACGUUCCCGUUUGGAGGCCAACGUCACCGAAGCCAUUCCAAACUCCCACCACCCCCUUCAGGCUUGGUGACAGGUUACCAAGGGCGGACUUCAACGGGUUCGCGGUAGAGGUCCUGAACGCUGCCACCAGGAUGAUCUGGGCCUUCACAGGAUCAUUUCCUCUUUCCUCCUCCACUUCCUCCACUUCAGAGUCUUUAAGAUCCAGCAUUAUGUGGGUGGGUCUGAAUGAGCACAGGAUUACAGCUUCUUUUGUUUAUUAUAGAAAUUUGGAAGUGUCCCACCGUAUGUUGCUGGGAAGAUUUGGGGCACGGAUGAGAAUGAAAACCCCCGCUGCUUCCACACGUCCUCCCACAUAUACAUCCUUCCCCUUGGUCUCGAGGGGCCUCGUUGAGCG